AUGGGGCCUGAGAACUUCAAGACGCUGCUCGCUUCACCAGAGCCCGUAGUCACGCUUUUCUUGGCCAUUGUCAUGGUUAGACUGGCCCAUCCUCAAGAGCACGGCGUCGGCAUUGUUCUGGGCUUGGCCUGUGAGGUGCUCGUGUUCAACCCGCACGCCAAUCCUUUCCUCAGAACCUUGAACACGGACGUCUCGCAGACCCAGCUCAGCACGGUCGGUACUCGGGAGGAUCUCUUCGGUGCUCCAACGCGAGAACAAAGCGGCGGGGACAAGACUCGCAAGCACAAGAAAAUUAAAGCCAACAAGGAGCUUGAGGCGGGAAAGAAUAAAUGGCAGGAGCUCGUGAAGCUUGUCAAAAAGGACAGCAUGUUCCGAGACGGCGGAGGCGGAGGCGGAGGGGUGGGCCACAGGCACGACCGGCGGGCAUCUAAGGGCAGCAUCCGGGCCCGAGCAGCGGUUCAAGAAGAGGGUGAGAUCAGCUACCUGAUCCUUACCGAAGCCACUAAUACCGGUAUCGGGAUUUCGAAACACGCCACGGCGUCGUUGUUUACGCCAUUUACCCAAUAUGAUAUUACGACGACCAAGCGGUGCAAGGGUACCGGGCUCGGCCGUUCGAUAGCUCGGCCGCUAGCCGAGUUCAUGGAGGACCACAUCGACGUGCUCCGCGACGAUCAAGAGAGCGGCAUUGUGAAGGAUGAGCCGGAGGAGGAGUAA